ACCAGGAAGCUGUACGCGCUACAACACAAGCACCCGAGCUGCUGUAAAAGCAGAUUAUUUUCUUCAGUCGAUAAUACUAGUUUAUGGAAAACUGUCGACAUAUGUAAAUAUACAGAAAAUAUGGGAACGGGGUGAUGCCAGUUGGCUCAGUUGAAGAUGGACAGCGACGAGGGGGUGACCGAGAGCCUGAGGCAACAGUUCCAGGCGCUGCAGGAGCAGCAGCGGCGGCGGCUCCACAGACAGCUGGAGAAGAGGCGAGAGAAGGAGCAGGGGAGCCGGCAAGCCUUGGCCGGCACUGCCACAGAUUCCUUCGGCGUCCAGGAUGGCCUGAAUCUUCGGGAGCCGGAUGAUGAUCCCACAGCGGAUGCAAACACAAGGUUGCUAGCGGAUGAAAAUGAGCAGCUUCACGAGCAGGUGAGGGAGCUGCGCGAUGAGAAUGGCAGGCUUUACAAACUCCUGAGUGAGAAGGACUUUGAAAUAAAGCACCUGAAAAAGAAGAGGGAGGAAGACAGACUGGCCUUAGCAGGCACAUCUGGUCUGGCAGGGGAUGCAGCUGCAACUAAGAUAGUUGAGUUGUCAAAGAAGAACCGAGAGCUGACAGCUGAAAUAGAGCGAGAGAAAACUAAGGUUAAACAAAUGAGCAACAGGUUGAAAGACCUCGAGAAGGAGUUACAGACAACAAAUAGUUGUACUUGUAGUGAAGGCAAGACAGGAAAUAAACAGCUUUCUUCAGGGACAUCAGAGGACCUUCUGGCUUUGAGUCCUGAGGUGAAAGCUUUACAAGAAAAAUUGUCUUCAGCCAAUUUCAAAAUGACAGAGUACCGUAACCAGAUCCAAGCUGUGAAGCAAGAGCUGAAAAUUGCCCAAAAGGUUCUGACCAGUGAGGUUGGAGAAGAAGUUAACAUUCAACAGCUGUUGAGCUCCCCUGGGAACUGGCGUGGUCGUUCUCAACAGAUUCUGGCCUUACAGAACAGGGUACGGGAACUGGAGAUGCAGCUUUUACAGUGUACUCAGAUGAAGCAAAUGUCUGCCUGUAGCAUUGAGGAGGAGAUGCUGGGACUGGGGGCAGUUCAUAGAACCCCAGGACAAGACAGAAAUAUCAGCCGCAUUCGAACCAUGGAGAGAGAGAAAAAAGAGGCUUUAGAGAAAAUCACUAGUGACCAUGAAGCUCUCCAGAAGGACUACGAGGAUCAAAGGAAGAAGCUAGAGGGCUCCAAAGCUCGAAACAAAGUGCUGAGUAAUGAGGUGAAGUCUUUGAAGAGCCAGAUCUCCACCCUCCUGGACAAGGGCAAGCACGAUGAUGAGCUGGUUGAUGCCUUACUGAAGCAACAGAAACAGCUGCAGGAUGUUUUGGGCCGUCUCAGCCAGCAGGAGCAGAAGACCAAGGAGGCUCAGCAGACUCUUGGCCAGCAGAUGAACACAGAGGCCCAGAGGCAUGGCUCGCUCAUCCAGCAGCUCAGGCAGAUGGUUUCUGAAAGGGAAGCUAAGGUCAAACAGCUUGAAGAAGAAGUCAGACAACUGUCACUCAAGAGGCACUCUGGUGAGGAGUCUAGUUCUAAAGCUGUGGAAAGUCUACAAUCAAUGGAAAAGAUGGAUUGUGGUGCUGUCAGUGGAUCCAGACCUCUGACAGGAGGAGGCGAUAACACUGGAAAAGUGGCUUCUACCUGUGACAUUUCCAAACUGGGGCACAAGCUUGUGGAAUCAGCAGCUACUCAUCCUCCUUCAAGAAGCAGCUCUGCAGUAGGUUCAAAUGCUGCUGAGCUGAAGUUGUUGCAGGCACAGUGCAUUGAGUACAAGGCUCUGUACCAGGCUGCAGAGGUGGAGAGAGAUAAACUUCUGGAACUGGUGAAUGUUUUAAGGAAGAGAGAGGAAGAGGCAAAGGAGAAAUGUCUGGAGGCAGAGCAGAAACUCCAGGUAGAGCGUAGGCGAGCUGUGAUUCUGGAGCAGCAGCUUGAAAAGGCAAAGAUGGAUUCAAGCAAGGGAGCAAGCUCUCACAAAGCAACAAACAGGAACAGGGGGGGUGGGCUGCAUACUGGUGGUGCUGUAGGGGAGUCCCCAAUACCUGUAAAGUGCUUUGAGUGGAGUCUCCAGAAGAGCGGUACCUCUGCCAGCUGUACAGGGCUCACUGUAAACCAGCUGGACACCCAGGACACAUUUCAGGGAACCCUGUGUGGAGUAACAUUAGAAGCCCAAGUCAAUGAAUUAAAUACAAAGCUUGCGAUCCAACUGGAUGAGAAUGAGGCUUUGAAGAUAGCCCUCAAGAGCACUCUGCAAGGCAAGGAGGAAGAUCUUCGGCUGUAUGAUGAAAUGAUGGGCCAAGUGAAGCAGGUCUUCUUGCAGGCUCUGCGGAAGCACAAGCAAUGAACUGAGAAAAAGACAAACAUAAUCCCAAGAAGCCCUCCUUAAUGUCUGAGUCUUGUCUUGUCUUGUCUUGUCUUGUGAAGUGUAACUGAAGCUUUAACAAUUUAAAAUGUGAUUGCAAAUAAUGAGCACAUGCUUUUCUAUGUGUUUUAUCUGUUCCUUGAAGACUAAGAAAUAUUAUUAAUAGACUGUGUUCUAUUAAUUGUACUGCACAGUGAAAUUAACAGGGCAUGAAGAAUAUGUCAGAAAAUAUUGAUAGAAAUUGCAUUACUUAUAUGUAAUAUGCAAUAAAUAUUUGUAAACCAUAAAUUUGAAUAGUUUUUAAUAAUUGGUAUGAAAAAAAGUAAAAUUUAAAAUCUCACGUAUAUUUUUCUUAAAUUACUGGACAUAUUAAUAAAGAUCUAAUGGAAGAACAGUUAUUUGAACAGUAACGCUGUCCCUUGAGGACUGCUGAAGCAAAGUUAAACUUCAGCUUUGUAAAAUACAAUUUAAAGAGUUCUGUAUACAAAAAUCUGAGUAAUAUUUACUUAUUAAAGAUUUGUUUUUGUAUCCAAGAAUUCAGUAGUGCCCUUUGUGUGUUAUGGUAGAUAGAUACUGUAUAUAGAUGGUAGAUAGAAAUGGAAGUGUUAGAAUUGUAUUUGGCAUAACUCACCUGGUGAGAGAACAGACACCUGCCUGUAGAAAUGAGGCUGACAGAAAGAGAGUUAAAGAACACUAUGACAGAGUUCUUUAAUGGCAGAGCCUGAGGUUCAGAGGCUUAAGGCUGGUCUAUUUGGCUAUGCAAGGCUUAGGAGGAAUUCAUUUCAAGGGACUUGCACAUGAAGUGUUUGCAUAGUAGUGAUUAGUUGUUGAUAUGUAGAAUUGCACUGAGAGUUUCUGCAGCCAAUGGAAUUAAAGUUACUGCAGGUUUGUUUCCGUAUAGCAAAGAUAAAGGAGCAGCCUAAGCAUCUUAGAACUGGAUGAGGCAAAGAGUGACCGAGAGGAGCAGGAAUUGACGGGUUAAACAGGAGAGACUGAAAAUAUGUGCACCAUAGUAUUUGAGUUCUGCGGUGGACUGUUGAACGUGCUCUCUGACCUGGAAGGAAUAGCCUUAAGCCUGGUGUGCUGGUUUCUUUAGUUAGCAAUGCAGAAUUGGUGUAGGAAAUGGUAGUGAGUAACCAUUAGAUGAUGCUUGUUGGUCAAUGGACAAAUGGCUGACUAUGAAAAGAAGGGAGUAACAAAAGAGGGCUAAAAGUGACAUCAAGUCUGAAGUAUUGAAUGUAAGUGCCUUGGCCUGUCUUGUCUUUUUGCCACUACUGGUAAAGGGUGGAACCCUCAAAACAGUGGCCAAAGCGAUGGUCCAAAGCAGGUGGGAGGAAGAGGGGUUGCUGAUGGCAAGCAGGAGUCUGGCGAGCUUCUCAGUCUCAGGACCCUGAACCACCAUGGAAUUUUAUGCCUAAAAAGGUGAAGAGAAAAAGGGGAGGGAUCCCAUCAGCACUGGACCACUAUAAGGUCAUGGACACAAGGUGCAGUGUGGGCUAUAAACAAGGAGUCCAAAAAAGUCUUCUCACAUCUCACUGCUCCAUUUCAGGCUGGUUAUCCAUGGCCUGAAAUAUCAUUAAAAGGCAGCAACAGGGACACUUACACACUCAAUUCAGAUUUAACAUAAGACACAUGCUGUGCAGUUCAUACACACACAGGACAUUAUUUGGAAUUUAUCACACGUUUUAUGGCCUUUGAUACAAAAUACAUUCAAUAUAUCAAGGACAUUGUAAAAUUAUACAUUUUGAACCUCUGUGACUUUCAAAACAUAAAACGUUUCUUAGGAUAGUGGUAAUGCUUGGCAGCCAUAUCGAUUUGGUAGCAGGGGUUAUGUAUGUAGUCGGUUUUGGUAGCAGUAAUUUGCCCUGGACAUUGAAGAUUUGUAUUUGUAUGCAAAGAUUUAGGCUUAGACAAACAUGCUAAGGACUGUAUAUUGUUCAUGCCUCUACCAUUACUCAACACAGUAAGCAGGUUAAGGGCUGUCAGUAACGGGAGUAAAGGAAUCUGUGCUAAGCCGAUACAGUAGUUCAAGUAGAGGUGACUAGAGUGCUUUUACAACUCUAGGGAACUCAAUAUCAGAUCAUUGAUCUAGCAGAGAAUUAAGUUGGAAAUAGGCUUAUCAAUGAGGCGAUCAAUUGUUAGAUUGGUUCUUGAUGUUUAAAUCAAAAGUGGAAAAGAGAGGUGGCCUGAGCAAGUUCUCAAUGUGGCAGUGGACUGCUCAUGUGAGUGCUCAUGGGAAUGUAGUGUGUUCUCUUGGCAAUGUCAGGCUGUGAGCCGCUUCAAGCCUGAUGGUAACAGAAAUAUAACGUAAAAGAAAAAAAGGAACAACCACAGACAAAAUAAAUUACCAGUGAGUCCAUUUUUAAUUAGAUAUGUAAAAUAUAUUUUAACAUUACCAAAGCAUACAGUAUACAGCAUUGUAUUCAGAAUUCACCUGAUUUAACUUUACCUUUUCUGAUUUAUACCAUGGCUUGCUUUCUUCUAGGUAACAUAUCCUGUUAUAUUUUAAUACAAAAAUGGUUUCAGCAUCACUUUCCACUCAAACACUGUACAAAAACCAAGAGUUGUCUUAAAAAAUAACGUUCUUUAUUCUUAUUGCUUUUUCCUCUUGAUGAACAUUACAGGAACAUAAAGAAAAUCAUUCUAUGCAGGAAAAUAUGUAAGGUGCUAGAACUUUAUAACCUUUAACCUCUAAAAGUUUGGUCUUUUACAGUGGACAUAAUGUACUGAAUGGUACAAGUGAAAUGACUUAAUUGUAAUAAUUUCCCCACGAUGUGCUUGCAUUGCAUAUAAUGAAAAUCUUUGUGAUUCAUCAUACAGAAAUAUAUAAUUCAGCAGCAUUGAAGGAACAAGUUUGAUGAUGACUAUAGCUGCAUUUCUAUGAGUAAAGUGUUUUUUGUUCCCUAGUCACCUUUUCAGUGAUGUGGCUUAUAAAUCUCCAAAAAACAGAAUCGUUUUGUGGGUAAUGCUUCAGUACAGGAGCUGCAAAUGUCAUUCUGAAUUCCCUAGAAUCCAUAACAUGAUCUUUACUAAUAAUUGCAUGGUUAUUACAUUAAGUAAGAGUUUUAUAAUUUAUAAAUACGUUGUCAAUACCCACUUCAGUGUUAAUUAUUAAAUGCUUUUUAAGGAGUUACCUUUUUGUGUGAAUGUAUCAGAUAGUUGUGUGCAACACCUAUCAGUACUUUAAGGUACAACAAUAAGCAUUCUUUGGAGUAUUAGGGUCAGAUUAUUUGGAGUUCCACAGAUGUUCCUUAUCUGAUCUUAUCAAUCAAGGCAGCCAGGUUGGUUUUAAAAAAUGACCAGAUGGAACAGAGCAAGUAAGUAAUAUAAAUUGGACUCCACACACUCUCAGAGAAAAAAGUAUUGAAGUAGAGAGCUCUAAAAUCCACCAUAAAAAUAAACUGCACAGGGAGUGAAUUCCUCCUUUGGCAGGCUAUGCUGUGGGAAUCUGGUAAUUUGAGCCCUAAAGAGACAACUAUUAGAAUGUAAGAAAGACACUGUUGUCUUACAGUUGUGGAUUAUUAAUUUCCGUUUUGUGGUCUGCACCAUGUAAAAGAAACUUUUCUUGUAUUUUAAUACAGUGGUGAAGGGAUAAAGGCUUCCCUUUGGUUACAACCCCUCUAGGCAGUGAUUUCGUCCGGAGUGGAGUCUUUUAUUUUGUAAACAAGGUUCCCCUUUUCCUUUAAGGUAUUUGUGUCUUAUUAACAAGGUUCAGAUCCUUUUCCUGGUUCUGUAAAAAGGCUAGGCUAAGGUACGCAGAGUUGUUAGACAUGAUUGUAAAUAAUGGCAGUAAACAUUGUGUGUACUUGAUAUACUUGUAAAUAAAUAUUUGCUCUUCUUUUUAGUUUGCUGCCUUGUUCAGUACACUGCCACUUUUCUGUGCUGAGAACAAAGAGUCUAUGUGAGUACACUUGUUAUCAUUUGGUAUUCUCUAAAAUAAAAUGAUUUUGCAAUUAGCAUGCAAGGCAAGCUGGUGUCAGUACCUGAUUUUCACUUUGAAAUUUUAGAUUAAUUUAAUUGUUUACACCUCACACUGGGUUCUAUAGCAAUUGGUAUCUCAGUGGGAAUGCACAAUUUUUAAUAUACUGUAUAAAUUAACUUAUCUGAACAUAUCAUAGAAUACAUAAUUGCAAAUAUUCUGCAUAUAUUCAUAGAUUUUCUGCCAACAAUGAUAUAUCAGAUCAUGAAGUCUGAAAAGGCUUAGGCAUAUCCUGUAGUUUCAAAUUUAUUUACCUCAUUAUUGGUUUGAGUACUUGAAUCUGCCUUUAUUACCCACAAGAAAAAAAUGAUACAAUUGUCCUUUUUACUUUUAGGCAUGGAUUGAUUCUAUAAAUAUAUUUUAUUUUUCAGCUUAUUUUCAUCUUCUCUUACUUCCAAAAGCAAGCUCUUUUCAGUAAAAAAUAAAUAGAAUAGAAAUAAAAAAAUGUUAUAAACCAGCUUUAAAAUAUUCUAUUGUACACUUUUUUAAAAGCCACUUGCAUUGUGAGGAAGCUUAUUAGCGCCAUGGAGAAAAAAAAUAGAAAUAGUAUUACAUUUACUAUUUUUGUAUUUAUUCAAGGUAACAUUGCGUUAAAACAAUAUACUUUUUGCUUUUAUACAAGAUAACAUUGUGUUAAAAACUGAUAAGUAAUUUGUGAACAAUAUUGCCUACCAUAUAGAUUUCUUGCAAUACUGUAUAUAUGCAAUAUUGUUCCAUAGAAACUAGCAUUGACUCUUUAAACAUUGCACGGAAAGCAUUUACGAUGACUACACAGUAAAACGUAUACCUACUGUUUGUUUACUAUUACUGUUAUUGUUGGUAACAGUAAACAGCAAGCCAUCAAUGAACAAACUGUAUAAUGGAUUACACGCUGUAAUGGAAAGGAUUUUCUUUUUGUUUGGCAUCUCUUUACAUUCGUGUCUGUGCAAACGGAAACAGAAAUACUGUUUCUUUCCCUUUCAAUUGACACUUUUUCUGUAUUUUUCUGUGUACUUCUAAAUUCAAAUGUAUUGAUGUAAGCAUAGUCUAAAAGAUUGUGAGGUUUUGUGUUUAAAGAUCCAACGAUUGACUGACAAUAACAAUAUUGUUCACCAAUUUGCACAUUUUAACCCAGUGUUAUCUUGUAUAAAUGCAAAAAGUUAUUGUUUAAAAAAUAUAUUUUUAUUUGUAAUGCUAAUAAGCUUCCAUAGAAUUGUCAAGAAAUUGAAAUGCCAAAUAUACUGAUGGAAAAAAAAGAAAUGCAACACCUCCUCCUCCACACUCUGGACCUCCUGUUUGCUGAAGAGUGAC